GACAAGAUGGCUACUGAAUUGACCGUUCAAUCUGAGAGAGCUUUCCAAAAGCAACCACACAUCUUCACCAACCCUAAGACCAAGGCCAACAAGAAGGCCAAGAGAUGGGUGAAGGACAUUGGUUUGGGCUUCAAGACCCCAAAGGAGGCUAUUGAGGGCUCUUACAUUGACAAGAAGUGCCCAUGGGUCGGUGACAUCUCCAUCAGAGGUAAGAUCAUGACCGGUACUGUUGUUUCCACCAAAAUGCACAGAACUAUCAUCAUCAGAAGAGACUACCUCCACUUUGUCCCUAAAUACAACAGAUACGAGAAGAGACACAAGAACGUUGCCGCUCACGUCUCCCCAGCCUUCCGUAUCCAAGAGGGUGAUGUUGUCGUUGUUGGUCAAUGUAGACCUUUGUCCAAGACCGUUAGAUUCAACGUGUUGAAGGUCUCCGUCUCUGCUGCCAAGUCCAAGCAAUUCACCAAGUUCUAAAGUACAUAAUUUUGAUUGAAAGACUACAUUUGUGUAUUUAAUGUUACAAUAGCAAAGUACUUGUUUGGGAAUGUAGGAUCCGUUGACCGGAUGCCGGAAAGCUGAAACCCAGCGCAGCGUAGUUUUCGACCUGGAGCGUUUGAGGGUUCCGUCCUGCCUCACAAGACUGGCUAGCCUAGGGAGCUCGGCAGAAUGGCAA